AUGGAUAGGCAAGUGGCAUAUGAUUUAUUUAUUGCACAAUUAGAAAGACGGGGAAUAAAAGGGAUAGACUUGCGAAAGGAGAUUCCAGGGUUGCUAGCAUGGGGAUUCGCUAAAGGGGUAUUUGCCAACCCUCAUGCUGUACAUGAGCUGAGUGAAUGGCGUCUUUUGGGGGAUAAGUUAUGGGAGGCUGUAUUGGAGGAUGAUAAAACUGCUAAAAAGUUGGGUAAAAUCUGGCAAAUGGUGCAUAAUACACUGCUACAGCAGAUAGCUGAGAAGAAAGCGGCAGAAAGGGCUGUGGAAGCACAUAAAAAGAAUUUGAACUAUGGCCAGGACGGAGAACCCUUAGCUCCUGGAGUGACUCAGGUAUUGUUGCCUAUUGCUUCUAAGCCUGCCUGUACUGCCGCAGAUAAUGAGGAUGAACCUACAGCCCCUCCUGAGAUAGAUUUGCAGGAGGAAGGGGACUGGGAUCAGGCAGAUAGGCAGCCUAAAGCACAGAAAAAUCGCUCCCGUUCACUCUCCCCGGCCUUUACAGCCCUGCAACACCUCCGGCAGGAGUCAGAUCCUAUCCCGGGGGCGCUCAGCGACCUACGGGAGGAAAUGGCCAGACAAAGGAGGGAGGCGUGGGCUAAUGUGGCACGAAGGGGAUUAGAGGAGGGAGACGAAAUUAUGAUAGAGGCUGCUAACGCCAUCGCCUGCCCAGUGACCUAUACCCCCCAAUAUGAUCAGAAUGGUCAAGUUACUGGUCACUUAGCAGAAUAUUCUCCGUUGGAUUGGAAACUGCUCACGCAAUUACGACAAACAGUUGCUCAAUUUGGUUUUAAAAGUGAGCCAGUAAAGCAGAUUUUGGAUUAUAUGUUUGACACCAUGUUGUUGUUGCCCAAUGACUUACGAGGGAUAUCAAAAUUAAUUUUUACGCAACACCAGCAGCUUUUGUUUAAUGCACAUUGGCAAGCAAUGGUAAAUGAGUCCAUAGCGGUACAACGAGCUCAAGGGGAUCCACUUCAUGGGGUUACUGUAGAUGAACUUAUGGGGUUAGGUCUAUAUUUGAGGACUGAAGCACAGAUGUUAAUAGGAGCUGACAAGGUGAGAGAGGCAAUGAGAUUGGUUAGGGCUGCUAUCGAUCGAGUGAAAGAUACUUCAGGAGUUCCCAUGUAUAUGGGAAUAAAGCAAGGACAAGAGGAGUCUUUUGGUAGCUUUAUAGACAAAGCUGCAGCGGCUAUUGAAAGGGCUGGAGUUCCUGAGUAUAUGAGAGGAGCACUCUUAAAACAGUGUGCACUUCAAAAUAGUAAUGAUGCCACCAAGAGAGUUUUAGCCACUCUAGGUGCAAAUUGGACAAUAGAAGAGGCACUGGAAAGAAUGGCUUUACAACCGACAGGGCCACAGGUGUUCUUGGUGGAUGCAAUAAAAGAGCUAGGGUUAGGAUUACAGAAACAGGCUGAGUCCACGCAGGCACAGGUGUUAGCUGCUCUUGCUCCGCUUCGGGCUCCUACGGUCGCCUCUACCGCUGCUGAAGGAGGGCAAAAAGCACCAUCUCUAAGAUGUUAUCGAUGUGGCAAAAGGAGGACAUACGCGGCGUCAGUGCCGUGCCCCGGGAGUAUGGUGCCAGAACUGCCAAUCAAAUACUCACAACACUUCCGCAUGUCGCCGGCGGCCGGGAAACUCGUCACGGAGCGCCAGCGGCCGCGUGACACAAAUUGCCGCAGCAAUAGCACCACCUCCUGUCUACAACCAGCCACAGCAGGCAGCCUGGGGCUCGACCUGGCAGCAGCAGUAGAUGUCACCUUGAUGACAUCUCAUCCAGUUAAAAUCUCUACUGGAGUGCAUGGACCUCUACGAAUACAAGAUCAUAAUUAUGGAGCUUUGUUGAUAGGACGCUCUUCAGUUUCUAUUAUGGGUUUGUUUGUUUUGCCAGGCAUAAUUGAUGCAGACUAUACAGGAGAAAUACAAAUUAUGGCUCAUACGCCGUUUCCCCCAUUGGCAGUAAAGAAAGGUCAACGAAUCGCUCAACUUAUACCUUUACCCCAAUUGACCUCAGUGAUACCCCCUAAUAGUGUUCAAAAUAGAGGAAACAAAGGGUUUGGAUCAUCUGGUAUAGCCUGUUUGACCAUGGACUUACAUACUCGCCCCAAGAAGCAAGAUGCUGCAGGCAAGGUGCUGGACCGCUGGGCCAUCAUGUCCAGGGAAGAAGAGAUCAUUACCCUUCAGCAGUUCCUGAGAUUUGGAGAAACGAAAUCUAUCGUAGAGCUGAUGGCAAUUCAAGAAAAAGAAGGGCAGGCUGUGGCUGUGCCAUCUUCAAAGACAGAUUCAGAUAUAAGGACUUUUAUUGAAAGCAAUAAUCGCACCAGGAGCCCAAGUCUCCUUGCUCACCUGGAGAAUAGCAACCCUUCCAGCAUUCAUCAUUUUGAAAACAUCCCGAACAGCCUUGCAUUCCUGCUUCCAUUCCAGUACAUAAAUCCAGUCUCUGCUCCACUUCUGGGGCUGCCUCCAAAUGGCCUCCUGCUGGAACAGCCAGCAAUGAGGCUCCGUGAACCAAGCCUUACAACCCAAAAUGAAUAUAAUGAGAGCAGUGAAUCUGAAGUUUCCCCCACACCUUUCAAGAAUGAGCAAGCAUCCAGCAGGAAUGCUCUGACCAGCAUCACAAAUGUGGAGCCCAAAACUGAGCCAGCCUGUGUCUCUCCUGUUCAAACACCUACACCAGUCAAUGAUUUAUCGAAAACAGAGCACACAAAAAGCUCAUUCCGAAUUCACAGAAUGAGGAGAAUGGGGUCAGCCUCCAGGAAAGGAAGAGUGUUUUGCAAUGCAUGUGGCAAAACUUUCUAUGACAAAGGUACUCUUAAAAUCCACUACAAUGCUGUGCACCUGAAAAUCAAGCAUCGAUGCACUAUUGAAGGCUGCAAUAUGGUCUUCAGCUCUCUCAGAAGCCGCAAUCGCCACAGUGCUAACCCAAAUCCGCGCCUCCACAUGCCUAUGCUAAGGAAUAACCGUGACAAAGAUCUAAUUCGUGCUACAUCAGGUGCCGCCACUCCUGUCAUAGCAAGUACAAAGUCCAACCUAACUUUAACAAGCCCUGGGCGUCCACCAAUGGGGUUUACCACUCCCCCUCUAGACCCAGUACUACAGAACCCUCUUCCCAGUCAGCUGGUCUUCCCGGCUUUAAAGACUGUCCAACCUGUUCCUCCAUUUUACAGAAAUUUACUUACUCCUGGAGAGAUGGUGAGUCCUCCAACCUCACUCCCGACCAGUCCCAUAAUACCAGCUGUGAGUGGCAUGGAGCAGCAUCCCCCUCCUCCUUCAGAGUCAUCGGUACCUUCAGUGUUGAUGCCCACCCCAGAGCCCAAUGCAGACCUUGCCCCCAAGAAGAAGCCAAGGAAGUCAAGCAUGCCAGUAAAAAUUGAAAAGGAAGUUAUUGACACUGCUGAUGAGUUUGAUGAUGAAGAUGAAGAGGUGAAUGACAGGAGCACAAUGGUGAAUGACAUUGGUCAUGACAAUCACUGCCAUUCUCAGGAGGAAAUGAGCCCAGGCCUGUCUGUUAAAGACUUUUCCAAAAGUGAUAGAGGCAGAUGUAUGUCCAGACCAGACAUAAGAAGGGCGGACAGCAUGACAUCAGAAGACCAGGAGCAUGAGAGAGACUAUGAAAAUGAGUCAGAGUCAUCAGAGCCCAAAUUGUGUGAAGAAUCCCUGGAAGGCGAUGAUCGCCUCCAUGAACCUGGUGAAAAAUCUAUGAUGCACAGUGACCGACCUGAUGAAAACCACAAUGACUCUUCCAACCAGGAUGUCAUUAAGGUGAAGGAAGAGUAUACAGACCCUACAUAUGAUAUGUUCUAUAUGAGCCAAUAUGGACUGUACAAUGGAGGCAGUGCCAGUAUGGCUGCUCUUCAUGAAAGUUUUGCUUCUACAUUCAACUACAGCAGCCCUCAGAAGUUCUCCCCAGAAGGUGAAAUGUGCUCCAGUCCAGACCCCAAGAUCUGCUAUGUUUGCAAGAAAAGUUUCAAGAGUUCCUACAGUGUGAAGCUUCACUACCGAAAUGUUCAUUUAAAAGAGAUGCAUGUCUGCACAGUGGCUGGCUGUAACGCUGCGUUCCCAUCACGGAGAAGCAGAGACAGACACAGUGCUAACAUAAACCUGCACCGUAAACUGUUGACCAAAGAACUGGAUGACAUGGGCUUGGACACUUCACAGCCUUCUCUUAGUAAGGACCUCCGCGAUGAAUUUUUGGUGAAGAUAUAUGGCGCUCAGCAUCAGAUGGGGCUUGACAUAAGGGAAGACACCUCCUCACCUGCUGGCACUGAAGAUUCCCAUAUGAAUGGGUACGGCAGGGGCAUGGCAGAAGACUAUAUGGUACUAGACCUGAGCACCACCUCCAGCAUCCAGUCCAGCAGCAGUAUCCAUUCCUCAAGAGAAUCUGAUGCAGGAAGCGAUGAGGGUAUUCUCUUGGACGACGUCGAUGGGGCAAGUGACAGCGGGGAAUCUGCCCACAAAGCAGAUGCCCCUGCCUUAGCUGUAGGUAUGGGCACGGAUGUCCCAGGAUCCCUCAUGUUCAACAGUGUUUCGGUGAGCAACGGUGGGAUAAUGUGUAACAUUUGCCACAAAAUGUACAGCAACAAGGGAACCCUCAGAGUGCACUACAAAACAGUGCACUUGCGAGAAAUGCACAAGUGCAAAGUCCCUGGGUGCAACAUGAUGUUCUCUUCUGUCCGUAGCCGAAACCGGCACAGCCAGAACCCCAAUCUGCAUAAGAACAUUCCUUUCACUUCAGUAGAUUAGGUCAAGGAUGGACACAGCAUAAUGCCAGCUCUCAGAGAGGGCCCACUACAUCUGAACUGCCAUAUACAGUCUCCCUUUAUAUAUAUAUAGAUAUAUAUAUAUAUAUGUAUAUGUAUAUAUAUACACACACUCAUAAAUAUACAUAUAUAUAUAUAAUUUUUUCUUUUCUUUUUUAGCAAAAGAAAAAAACACCAGGUGCUUUUUCCCCUUUCUUGGUUGUUGGGGUUUGGUUUUUUUUAAUAGAAACAAAAAUGUAGGACCUUUAAUUUGGGGGAAGAGAUCCUUCAUAAAAAAACAAACAAAAACAAACAAACAAACAAAUAGAAAAACUGCAGUUGUCCCUAGUUCUGUUAGAAUGUUUUUGGUCAUCUCCAAAGAGCCAGUUUGUUCUUCCCAUAACUUUUGCCUGAAAAAAAAAGAACAAAAAAGAACAAAAAAAACCCCAAACCCAAAACAAAAAAAAAAGAACAAAAAAA